AUGGGGCAGAUGGCUAUUAUGCAGAACGCACACAUCAACAUCCCUUUGGUGGAGAUAUUGCAAGAAGCUCUAAAAUAUGUAAAGUGUACCAAAGAUGUGGUUGCAAACAAAAGGCGUUGGACAGAGUUUGAGACCGUUGCACUUACUGAAGAGUGCAGUUCUAGAGUGAGGAGUAAAAUUCCUCCAACGUUGAAAGAUCAGGGCAGCUUCACGAUUUCAAUUACUAUUAGCAACAUUGAAGUUGGGCUAGCAUUGUGUGACUUGGGUGCUAGUAUUAAUCUGAUACCCACUUCUAUGUUCCGAACAUUGGGUUUGGGUGAGCCUAGGCAAACGACUAUUACGUUGCAGUUGGCUGAUCGAUCUCUUGCUUAUCCCGAUGGUAUUAUUGAGGAUGUUCUUGUGAAGGUAGGACUGUUUAUUGACUAUUUAUUCUGCCUGUUGAUUUUGUGA